AUGACUACACCUUUGAUGCGACUAUACUUCAUCGUAACAUCCUUGGUUGCUGCAGAUCACAUCAUCUUCCAUGAUGAGGCAGCAAUGUCAAAUGAUGAGAAUACUGAGUGUGUCUGCAGUAUGGAGCUGCCUGACACUGCCUUCCCUUCACAUAUGGUGGUUUUCCUGCAAGACGCCUAUGUAAAUUUCACCAGUGACACAGAGCAUGAGGAAGAAAAGGUAAUCUGUAAUGGACCUUUCAAUUUCCUUGGAGCCACCAUCCUGGCUGGCGUGCCCCUUGCCCUCCCACUGCUUGCUGCUCACACAGGGCUGCCCGUCACAGAACAGCUGGCUGGUGGUGCAGUGGGCUGGCAGCAGCAUUCGGCUGCGUCUCCGAACUCCUGGGAGCGUUGCGCCUGGAGUGAGCUGGUUACAGCAAUCCAUUUUAGAAUAAUAGAAUUUCAGGACAAAAUGAAAAACCUGACGAAUAUAGUGGAUGAGAUCGAGAAAAAAGGCAUUAAGGAUGAAGCAGAUUAUCAGAAAGUUAAAGACGCCGUUAAUGAGUUGGACAAGAUGAGCAAAGACCUGAGUACCAUCCUGAAUACAACUGACAUGGGAAUUGAAGACUUGCUCAACAAGGUCAACAAUAUCUCCAGCAUGGUUUGGCAGCUGGAAACUUUUGAUGAGAACAAUGUGUUGGCAACAAGAAGGGAAAUUGACACACUUCGCAAACAACUUGCUGAUUGUGAAGAAGCUGCUGGGAAUCCCAACUUGGGCCUACCUUCGGCUGGCCUCCUGCGUCCUGAGAUUGGUAAAUGUGAUAACAAAAUCUUGUUGAAUAUUAGCAAGCCAUUCAUAGUGAAAUUGAACUGGCGAGGGUUCAGUUACAAAUAUGGUGGUUGGGGCAAGGACUUUGCCUUGGAGACCAAGAAUCCAGGCAUAUACUGGGUUGCUCCACUCAACACAGAUGAACGUUUAAUGGAGACCUAUCGCAUCUAUAACUCUUAUAAAGACCUACUGUUAUACAGAAACCAAGUGGAAAGAAGCCUUUCCCAACACAUUGGGCUCACCUGGAACUAUAUCAACUGCGGACAGGGGAGUGGGAUGAUCUUGUACAACAACAGCUUCUAUUACAACUGCUACAACUCCAGGAACCUUUGCAAGCAGAAUUUGGCAAACAAUCGCAUUACACGUCUGAAAGUGAACGAUGCUGUUUUCAACAACUGGUUCUCCUACAAUGGCGUCAAUUGGCAGGACUUUGAUUUUGCUGGGGAUGAGAAGGGCCUGUGGAUAACUUAUUCCACAGAGAAGAGCAAAGGGAAGUUAGUCAUUGGGAAAGUAGAUCCUGAGACUCUGAAGAUACUGAAGACUUGGCAAACCUCACUGAACAAGCCUGAGGUAACCAACACAUUCAUGAUCUGUGGGGUGCUGUAUGCUCUCAAGCGAGUGAGUGCACAUAAAGAACUAAUAUUUUUUCAGUAUGACACCAAUACAGGCAAAGAAAGCACAGUAGAAAUCAUAAUGGAGAAACUCUCAGACACAGCACAAAGUGUGAGCUACAACCCCAAUGAUCAUAAGGUAUACAUGUACAAUGAUGGCUACCUCGUGACUUACGAUAUACUGUUCAAGUAUCAGCCACCAAGAACAAGACGCAGUGUGCCUAGUUAUGAAGGUGCUCUUUCAGCUAGUGGAGGUAGGCGACAACUUGCAAUGGUAUGA